UAAUACAUUUUGUUGCAAACCCUAAAAUUCCCCUAGUUGUUUUCUUGAAGUUGAAGAUGAUGAAGUCAGGUGCUCUUGAGCUUGGUGAGGCCUCUAAGGGUUCCACCACUCCAAAUACUGGGGUGAACAGAGGUGUCUCCAUAGUAGACUUCAUUCUAAGACUCAUCGCCAUUUUUGCCACCAUAGGAAGCGCAAUCGCCAUGGGAACAACAGAUGAAACGCUGCCUUUCUUCACUCGGUUCAUUCGGUUUAGGGCUCAGUACGAUGACCUUCCGACAUUCACGUUUUUUGUGAUUGCGAAUUCGAUAGUGAGUGCAUACUUGGUUCUAUCUCUGGCACUGUCCAUCUUCCACAUCAUGAGGAGUGCUGCACAAGGCACUAGGAUAGUCUUGAUCUUCUUUGACUCGGUAUUUUUCAAUUGCAUCAUUGUGCUUAAAUUUCUCGUAUUUCAAAAUUUCAGUCAUAUUAUGUGA